UAUACGAAUGGCAUUGUCAUCUUCAAAAGCAAAACCAAAUGUCAAUAAAGUGCAACAAAAUUCAAAAAUGCCCAAACACAAAUUGAAAUGAAAACAAUUCUAAAGAUUAUAAGUCCAUUUAUAUAUGUGUAAACUAUAGAAUAUAUUAGUUAAAUGUCUGAAUAGGAUAAAAAUAUUAGAAUAUUUUUUUUGUUAUCAGAUGGAUAAUAACAAUAAACAAGAUGAUGCUUUGUUCUAUACUUCAAGCAGUAAAAACGUUAAAACAAACUCGGCAACACAAGCAGCUGCUGAAAAUAAAAAUUUGGGAGAUUUUUUAGAUGCAGAUGUGACUCUAGGAAGCCAAAGUAAACAAUCUGAAAUAAAUAUUUCAAGCAUAAAAUCUAGACCCCCAUCAUUAAAGAGAACUACUAGCUCAUCUACAAAGGGAGGAAACAACAAUGAAGAAAAGCAAUGCUUGCAGUGUAAAGAUAGUCCUGAAUCAUGUUGUCAUCUCAAAUUGGAUUCUAUUUUAAAACUAAAAGAAAGUACAAGAAAACUUUUAUGUUUACUUGAAGAGAUACAAUCAAAAACUGAUUUAAAAAGUAUUAUUCCUAAUGAUACACCUAAUUUAUCAAAUAUAUUGAAAUCAAUUCCACCCACAAAUUCAGAUGAAAAUGAUGACUGUUCUGUUUAUAAAAGAUUGACAAGAAGAUGCCACUGUUUAAAUCAACUCGAAUAUAAUGACUUCAUAAUACAUUUCAAUGAAGAUACCAAAUAUUUCACAAGCAAUAUGGGAGAAAUAAUAAAAAAUAUGAGAAUACUUAAGAAAUUUUUAUACAUGAAUGGGUGUUACACCAAGAAGGCAUUAAUGUUCUUAAAUGAAGGACUACAAGAAUGUACUCACACUGAAAAAGUUGAAAUAACUCAAGGAUGUGCAUAUGCAGAUAUGUGUAAUGUUUUUGAUGAUCAUUCAAUUGUUAUUAUUUGCAUAUCAUGGCCAUGCAAAUACUCAAUUUAUGGAGAUACAAUGACACAAGCAUUAACAGCAAGUUUUUUAUAUAAACUUGCUUAUCUAGAGGAAGGUCGAAGAUACCUUAACUUUAGUUCAAAAAUAACAAAUGAUAUAAAAAAAGUAUUAAAGAAAAAGGCUUCUAAAUUAGGGUAUGACACAAUAGAAACAUUAAAUGCUACCUUGAAUUUAUUACACCCUCCACUGCCUGAGCAUAUAAAUGUAACAUACUACUGCAAACCAGUAGAUCAAGCUUUAGGUAAUAAAACUGUCAAUGCUUUAGUACAAUAUAGACAGUACAUGACAUUACAUGAGGUUUUUAUUAAUUUGGACUUGUUACAAAAUUUGAGUAAAAAUGAUAAUGGGAAAGAACAACUAACAGUCUUUUUACCAGUAAUUUUAAACUUAUUUAAAAAUAUGCUUAUGGAAUAUGAUAACAGUGAGAUGAACAUAACGGUAAUGAAUAUUUUGAAUAAUAUUGUUUUCCAUAAUUUUGUAAAAGAAAAGAAACCAGAAUUACCUGCAGACAUGGUAAUUACUGAUACUACAACAGAGCCGAUAAAAAUGAAAAAUGAAUUUAAUCAGAUUACCCAAAAGAGAAAUACAAGGAAAAGCAAUAAAUCCAAAUUAGGACUUGGGUUGUCCCCUAAUAGACAUCGCCAGUCGUCAAAACGCAAAGAUAUACGGAGUUCAGUUAUUAUUGUACCUAUAGAAAAAUAAAAUCACUCAAAAAUAUGGUAGAAGCUUUAUAAUUUCUGUAAAAAAUAUUUCUAUAUAAAAUGUAAUAGACAUUACAAACAAAU